AUGGUAGAGCCAACCGGCUCUGCGUCUCUCGGGGCCGCGUCCAGAGCUCUAUUUGUGGAGAAAGUGAGGGCCUCCAACGCGGCCUGUCAAGCGGGAGACUUUUCCACGGCAGUCGCACUGUACACUGACGCUUUGACCUUGGAUCCUGCCAACCAUAUAUUAUAUAGCAAUAGAUCAGCAGCAAGAUUGAAGCAAGGCCAAUUUGCAGCCGCUCUACAAGAUGCGACACGGGCGCGAGAACUUUGCCCUAAUUGGCCAAAAGCUUAUUAUAGACAAGGUGUCGCUCUUCAAUGUCUCGGUCGACAUGGCGAAGCCCUGGCAGCAUUCAGCUCAGGGCUGGGCGUGGAGCCGUCUUCACGGCAACUGCUGGCUGCGCUGGUGGAAGCCUCACUCAAGUCCCCACUACGAACCACUCUGGACCCAACUUUCAGGCAGUUGGAAGCAAUGAAACUUGAUCAAUCACCAUUUGUAUUAAUUUCGAUACACAAUGCAUUGUAUCAACAUCAAAUCGUCUUUGUAGCGUCCAGUAAUUCUAUCACGCUUGGCGGGAGUAUCUUAUCCUGGGAUGGGAAUGAUGUUAAUUCCUACUUA